GCACCUAGGCAGCAUUCUGGGACUGCUUCUGGGCUACUGUCGACUUCCUCUUCACCAAGAUGGCGGGCGACGAGUCGGGAGUGACUUUGGGCCAGCCCCAUUUAUCAAGGCAGGAUUUGUCCACAUUGAAUGUUACCAAGCUUACACCUCUUUCCCAAGAAAUUAUCAGCAGGCAAGCCACCAUUAAUAUAGGCACCAUUGGUCAUGUAGCCCAUGGUAAAUCAACAGUAGUAAAAGCUAUAUCUGGUGUUCAUACUGUCCGGUUCAAGAAUGAAUUGGAAAGGAAUAUUACCAUUAAGCUUGGAUAUGCCAAUGCUAAGAUCUACAAACUUGAUGACUCUAGCUGCCCUAGGCCUGAGUGUUAUCGUUCUUGUGGGAGCAGCACUCCAGAUGAGUUUCCAACAGACAUACCCAACACUAAGGGAAAUUUUAAGUUAGUCAGGCAUGUAUCUUUUGUGGAUUGUCCUGGCCACGAUAUUUUGAUGGCUACUAUGCUGAACGGUGCAGCAGUCAUGGACGCAGCGUUGUUAUUAAUAGCUGGCAAUGAAUCCUGUCCACAGCCUCAAACUUCUGAACACUUAGCUGCUAUUGAAAUCAUGAAGUUAAAGCACAUCCUCAUCUUACAGAAUAAGAUUGAUUUAGUCAAAGAAAGUCAAGCCAAGGAGCAGUAUGAGCAGAUCCUCGCAUUUGUACAAGGUACAGUUGCUGAAGGAGCCCCUAUAAUUCCAAUUUCUGCUCAACUCAAAUACAACAUUGAAGUUGUUUGUGAAUACAUUGUAAAGAAAAUUCCUGUGCCUCUGCGAGACUUCACUUCUGAGCCAAGGCUUAUUGUUAUCAGGUCAUUUGAUGUGAACAAGCCUGGUUGUGAAGUUGAUGACCUCAAAGGUGGUGUUGCUGGAGGCAGUAUUCUCAAAGGUGUAUUAAAGGUAGGUCAAGAAAUUGAAGUUCGUCCUGGUAUUGUCUCCAAGGAUAGUGAAGGGAAACUUAUGUGUAAGCCAAUUUUCUCCAAAAUUGUGUCUCUCUUUGCUGAGCACAAUGAUCUACAAUAUGCUGCUCCUGGGGGCCUUAUAGGUGUUGGUACCAAGAUUGAUCCAACAUUGUGUCGUGCUGAUCGUAUGGUGGGACAGGUUCUGGGGGCAGUUGAUGCCUUACCUGAAAUAUUUACAGAGUUGGAAAUCUCCUACUUCCUGCUACGACGACUUCUUGGAGUACGCACUGAAGGAGACAAAAAGGCUGCAAAGGUGCAAAAGCUGUCGAAGAAUGAGGUGCUGAUGGUCAACAUUGGUUCUUUGUCGACAGGAGGUCGAGUUAGUGCAGUGAAAGCUGAUUUAGGGAAAAUUGUUCUUACAAAUCCAGUGUGCACAGAAGUUGGGGAGAAAAUCGCCCUUAGUCGAAGAGUUGAAAAACAUUGGCGUUUAAUUGGCUGGGGACAGAUAAGACGAGGUGUUACAAUCAAGCCAACCGUGGAUGAAGAUUAAAUCGCUGAAAGGAGAAUAGUUUGAUAAAAAUGUUUUUAGAAAUGCCAGAAAACACCUGCGAUAUAUCCAUAACAGGAAUUGCUAUCUACUCCAAUAUAAAUUUCUAAUUGUGCAUCAAAAACUUUUCAUUUAUGGUCCUGUUUUCUAAUUUAUAUACAAUUGACAAGACACGAAAAAAAGCUUAAAGCAGACUUCAGAAGCAUCAUGUACAAUUUGUUACAACAUAAAAUGUUUUCUUCAUUCUUCCUGAAAUAGCCAUGGGCUUGUUCACAAGUGAAUGAAUAUCAAACAAAAUAAACUAUAAAAAGACCAAA